AUGUCAUUGACCAACGUCUACCAUGUGCGUCGCGUGGCGGAUACCUCGGCAAAAGCGUGCCUGAUCUGCUACAAACCGUCAACCAGCGUGAUGGUCACGCCAGACCACAAGGACUUCUUCUACGUGUGCCCCGCACAUCUGCAAGACAAGCACUUCUGCUCUCCAAUAAUCGACACAGAAGGCCAAGCAGCACGCGCCAAAGAAGAAGCAAUGGCGAAAGAAAUUGAAAUGGUCAAAAAAGAAUAUGAGGAGAAGCAACGACGAAAGAAAGAGCGCGAAAAGGAGUCAAGCAGAGAAGAUAAAGAGGACAAAGCCAAGAGUAAAGAUGAGUCUAAAGACAAGGACAAAUCCAAAAAUUCAAAUACGAAUGACGAAAAGGAAAGGGAUGAGAGGAUCGCUUCUAUUCAGAAAGGUACCGGAAUAGAGAAGAAAACGGAUGAUUCACCACGAGUUUUCGCUUUGCAUAAGAAUUUCUAUCAGAUGCGUAUCGACCGGCAACGAAACAUAGAAAUAGCGAAGCGGAAUCAGGAAAGACUGAAGAACCCUUCAUUAUUUCCAUCUGUGCCGUCAGGAAAUCCUUGA